AAUAUUAAUUUUUUGUUCAUUAAGUUAUUUUAAGUUAUUUUCUUCUUAUCAAUCUUUAAACCUUUCGGUUGUAACAGUGCAGUGUCAUCAGCCUUCCUUUGAGAUUAUAUGGGAAACGUUAUCUUAUUUUUGUACAAGUUCAAUUUAUUUUGAUAGAUUAUUCUUGAUGGGGAUUUGAGUAUUAUAAAAGAGCCACACAUUACUGUUCAACGUCCAUAUCUUACAAUUACUUUUGUCAUCGUAGUCUUGAAACUAAUCAAUUUUACAAGUUUCGUUUUGUCAGUAGAAAAGUGCAGUUCUUUUAAAAUAUACUUCAAUUUCGUUGAAAUUUCUGCAACAAUGCUCAAGAAUACAGUAGCAUUAAUAACCGGUGGAGCCUCUGGCCUUGGUCGUGGCACAGUUUUAAGAUUUGUCAGAGAAGGUGCAAAAGUUGUCAUUGCGGAUCUUCCUGCUUCAAAAGGUCAAGAGCUUGCUGAUCAAUUGGAAAAGAAAGCUAUUUUUGUACCAACUGAUGUCACUUCGGAAGGAGAUGUAUCGAACGCUUUGGAAGCAGCUAAGAGUAAUUUUGGCAAGUUAACUGCAGUUGUUAAUGCAGCAGGAAUAGCAAUCGCUUAUAAGACAUAUAAUUUUAAUAAAAAUCUACCACAUGAAUAUCAUGAUUUUGAGAAAGUACUUAAAGUAAACACAAUUGGAACUUUCAAUGUAAUAAGAUUAGCCGUUGGUGUUAUCGGUAAGAAUACACCUAAUGAAGAUGGUGAACGUGGAGUUGUGAUCAAUACUGCAAGUGUCGCAGCGUACGAUGGACAAAUAGGACAAGCUGCAUACUCUGCCAGUAAAGCUGCUAUCGUUGGAAUGACUUUACCAAUCGCUCGUGAUUUAUCCAAACAAGGUAUACGUGUUGUAACUAUUGCACCUGGAUUAUUUGAUACACCUUUAUUAUCAUCUUUACCGGACAAAGUACGCAACAUUUUGUGCAAAAUCAUACCUUUUCCUCAAAGAUUAGGUAAACCUGACGAAUAUGCACAACUGGCACAACAUAUAAUUGAAAAUCCACUUCUAAAUGGAGAAACAAUAAGAUUGGAUGGUGCUCUUAGAAUGCCAUCUUAAAUCUAAUAGUAAGAUUCAUUUUUUUAUAUUCAAACAUGCUAUUUAUAAGUAAAAGGUGCAUGUUGGAAAGGGCUACUAUAAUAACCAUUUUAUGAUAUAUAUAUAUUAUGUAUAUAUACAUCUAUAAACAUGUUAAAUAAAACAAUUGUCUCUUAUA